AUGUGUAGACAAAGUCUGGCCGUCGGUCACCCAACAUGCGUACUCCUUCUGCAUCUAGCCCCUCAACGACAUGAUCGCGUUCGCCCCUGCGUCGUUUGCGGUUUUCGCGACGCAACAGCGCGUACUGGACGAUCGAGCCAACCAGCUGGAACAGCACCAGGUAUCCCAGCACGACGCCGUGUCCGACAAAGAAGUGGGGGCGUCUUUCGCGUUGUAGAUGUUGCUGCUGACGAUCCCGUUCAAAUUGCCCCAGCCCACCAUGAUGCCGAGGGUGAUGCCUCGUUUAUCGAUGGAGGAAUCACCAUCCUUACCUGCCGUGUUAUUGCUGAUCCAGGAGACACUGUUUGGCAAGGCGGGAUAGAUGCCCAUGGCUCCGAAAAACGUGCCAGCGUACCGGGCUCCAGGGUGGUCACACCCCAGCAGCAUGCUGAAGCCAAUCGCACCCAAGAGCGACACGAUGAUGUUGCAGAUGCCUCGCUGCCGGGUGCGGUCUGCGAUGAAGCCGACAGUGACCGUCAGAAGGGCGGCGGCGGCGUACGGAGCAACGCUGAGAAGUUGUGCCUGAGUCGAUUUAUAUCCUACAGUCUUACCCUAGUCAACGUUAGCAUUUGUCUCGGAAUUUUUGGGAGGUAUGCUCACCAUUUCAUUAAUGAUCGUAGGCACAAACAGCGCAAAAGAGUACAGCGCCCCGUUCACACCCCCGUAGAUCACACAGGCAGUGUAGGUUUUCCAGUCGCGCAGAACCUGCCAGAAAUAUGCCCAUCGGAACUGCUCCGGCUCGACGCUCGUCUGGUGAUCGACGGCAAGGCGAUGGAUGACCUGCCGCCGUUCGGUCUCGGUCAGGAACUUGGCAUCCUCGGGGAAGUUGGGCACGAUCCAGAAGGCAAUCACGCCGAUGACGACCGUGGCGAGUCCCUCGAUGAUGAAGAUCCAGGCCCAACCGCCCUUCCCACCGAUACCGCUCAUAUCGGCAAUGGCGGCCGCGAGCAGUCCGCCAAAGCUGCCAGCCAACGCGGCGGCGGAGAAGAAGAUGGCGACGCGGACACCCAGCUCGGAUCGCUUGUACCAGCAGGACAUGAUGUAGCUCACGCCGGGGAAGAGGCCGGCCUCUGCGAGACCAAGGAAAAAGCGCGCGGCGAUCAGACCGGCUGCGUUGUGCACCAGACCCAUGCAGGUCAUACAGAUGCCCUGGAGUCGUCAGUCUCGAAUCAGCCCUCAGCAGGGAAAGAUGCAUACCCAAAUGACCAUAAUGGUGGGAAUAAACACUCUGGGGGUGAAUUUCUUGAGCAGGACAUUGCUGACCGACUCGAAGAGGGCGUACGAGACAAAGAAGACACUGAGCGCGGCAUUGUACUGGCUAUUGCUCAUGUGGAGGUCUUGUUGCAGGUUAUCGAGCUUGGCAUUGCCGAUAUUUGUGCGAUCGAGGAAGCUAUAAGUUAUAACCAAGUGAGAAGUGAUUCGUAG